UCUAGCACAAUCCAUGGCUGAUUCCCUUGGGCUUUUCCCCCUAUUUUCUCCCAGGUUUGUCGUGCUGUUCACAGAUGACCUGGGCCAUAUUUCCCAGUGGAGUUCCAUCAUGGCUGGGAGUCUCGCAGGCAUGGUUUCCACCAUUGUGACAUAUCCUACAGACCUCAUCAAAACCCGAUUGAUUGUGCAGAAUAUGCUGGAACCGUCUUACAGGGGGAUCCUCCACGCUUUUUCUACUGUUUAUCAACAGGAAGGGUUCCUGGCCCUUUAUCGAGGGGUUUCCCUUACUGUUUUAGGUGCUCUCCCGUUCUCUGCUGGCUCCCUUCUAGUGUACAUGAACCUGGAGAAAAUCUGGAAUGGACCCCGAGAUCGGUUCUCUCUCCUCCAGAACUUUGCCAAUGUCUGCCUGGCCGCUGCCGUGACCCAGACCCUCUCUUUUCCCUUCGACACGGUGAAGAGAAAGAUGCAGGCUCAGAGCCCCUACCUUCCCCACUGUGGAGGAGUCGACGUCCAUUUCUCAGGAGCAGUGGACUGCUUCCGGCAGAUAGUGAAGGCCCAAGGGGUACUGGGGCUCUGGAAUGGAUUGACAGCCAACUUGUUGAAGAUAGUUCCAUAUUUUGGAGUUAUGUUUGGCACCUUUGAGUUCUGCAAGAGAAUCUGUCUUUACCAAAAUGGUUACAUUGUGUCUCCUCUGACCUAUAAAUUGACCCCAGGGGUGGAUCAGAGUUUGAAGCCCCAGGAAUUACGCGAAUUAAAGAAGUUCUUCAAAACUGGUCGACUAAAGUCUAAAAAGCCAACUCUUUAAAACUGAAUGGCACUAGAAGUGCACUGACUGAAGGUGUGUUGUAAUCACAGAUAAAUGUAGCCUCAUAAUUGUGCACGUGUGGAGCGACGAGAAAUGCUGCUCUUGGAAAUGAGAAGACGCAGCUGUGCACCCCCUCUGAGCUCCAGACUGAUGUCCCUGUGAACACCUGCACCAUGGGAAGGUUUCCCAUCAUGACCGUCUCAUGAUGGCAUCUACCAGAUUUUAUAACAGAUUUUAUAGCACUAAUGGAAUGUGCAAUUUACACUCUGAAUGUAAACGUGCAAUUUACACGGCACCAAAGAAAGGGCAUUGCCAUGACACCUCAAAGCAACGUGCAGUUGAAGUGGCUGAGCAGAUACCACGUCAGGAGCUCAGCCACAGGGUCACAGCUUACAGUAACCCACGUCAGCCUAGUUUCACUCAAUUUGACCCAAGGCUUCCCAAUACAGUUCUAGAACUCAUAAUUUUUCCUGACUUCUGAGUGUACACACCACAAUGUAAAGUAUGCCUUAUCAGAAACUAAAUGAAAACAUUUAACAUUUAAAAGUUAUCACUAUCAUUGUAGAACCGUCCUUCUUUAUUUAAAUUUGAAGCAUCCCAGCCUUAGAAUCUUGUGUUUCAGGAAGGCAGUAUUUACCAUGACUGCUUAAUUAUGCUCCGAAAGACCUUCCACUUGAAGUCGUGUACAGUUCAAGUGGCCUGAAUUCUCUGCCUUUUUAACUUGCUUGCAAGCCUACCCUGAAAAUAAAUUAUUUAGUCAACUUAAGUUAUUCUCACCAGAUAUCCCGGUUGCCUACAAAGGAUCAAAUAGAACAUUUAGCACACAUACCAAAAAAAAUGUAACUGAAAAACACUUCAGUCAGGCUAAUCAUCUCUACUAGAUUUUUAAAAAAUCAAAUUGCAGAUUGUUCCACCUUGGGGAUUCUAUGUCAAGUUUAUAUAACUAUACUUUUGAGUAGUGCCUAUCUAUGCAUUAAAAAAACAGUAUCCAAUAUUAAGUUGUUAAUUUAUGUAUAUAUAUACACACACACACACAGAAGCUUUCAAUAUGUUGAAAGUAUUUUUCCCCAUUAAAUUUAUUUUCCAAA